UUCUUCUGAUGUGUCAUGAUGCGUGCCUGCCUUUUUCUGUUGUGGAGUACUCUCUCAGCUACGUGGACAAACCAAAUAAUUGUGACCCAGACACCUGGUGUGGUGAAGAUGAUAGCCAGUGGCACGGUGACUUUGAAGUGCCACGUUGAUCAGAUUCUCGCCUUUUGCCACUCAGUGACUUGGAUGAAAGUAGACGCCAGGACUGGAACAAUGAGCACAAGAACUAACGUAAAGAUUAAUACGACCUCUGAGGUAGGGAAACGGGACAGAGUAUGUUCGGCAACCAUCACCAACGCAUUAGUGAGCGACUCUGGCAUGUACUACUGUUUGGCUGUUCACUCCAAGGCGGUCCACACUGGCAACGGAUCCAAUCUAAUCAUCACAGAGAGCAGCACUGAAUCCCCAAACAUCAAAAUCGUCUCAUCAGACAGCGACGGCUCCUCCGCCGCUCUGCUGUGUUUGGUGUCUGGAGUGGUCCCGUCUCAAGUCCAUGUGUUCUGGCUCAUAGAUGGCAGAGAGGACAGUGGACUUACUGAGUCCACCUGGACAGACAACAGUGAUUCAGCCACAGAGUUCACUAGGAACCAGAUUCUGGUCCAGGCAGAGGAGUGGGACAGAGGGGUUCAGUGUACGUGUGUGGUGGAGUUUGAGGGAAAUUCUAUCAACAAAACUCUGCAAAGAAUAGAUCUUGGCGUGCUGUGUUACGUCACAGUGUGGAUAUACAGACUCCUGGGAAUAACUGCCUGGCUUCUGCUGUUGAUCCUGGCUACCACUGUGGCAGCAUGCAGGGGCAAGACUAGAGGUGUUCAGAGGAAUGACACCUCAAAGAACAGGGGACGAAGGCAUAAUUCAUCAUAAAAAAGUUUUUACAGUUUGUCAUUUGUACAAAGUCAUUUUGGUCGCAUUGUCGUGUGUCAAGACCAUUGGGAAAAGUUGUUUACUUUUGUUGUUGUUGUCGUCGCUUGCUUAACUGUUGCUAACUAUUCAAAAAUGAAAGUGUAAAUUGGGAAAAAGCUCAUUAGAAUUUCCAAUUGCAGUUAUAUAUUUUUUCUCAUUGAACAUAUUCAUACUGAAUCAUUAUCCGUUGUAAAUGCUCUCUCAUUACAAAGUCCUGGGUCAGAUAUGCACUUUUUUUCUUAUUCGAAACCUUUGCGCGAGUGAUCAAAAUGUUAUUGAAUUCCCCUCUGUGAACCACACUUUGCUAGGCUUCAUGCAGGCAACUGUGUCGUUACAGACUUCGAAUGAAUCCAUUUCAAGAAAAUGUCCACGUUUAAAAAGAUGCAAUACAAUAGUAUUGCUACAUUCCUAUAUGCUCAUGCUAUGCUGUUACUGGCUUAUCUGCUAAAGUAAGAAACUUUUCCAGAAAUCCUCACCAUCUGUUUUGACUACUAACUUGUAAAGGAGAGACAUGAUACCCAACUCUUUCUCUCAAUAAGUGCAUAUCAGAUAAUCAAAUAAAAUCACAUUUUAUUUGUCACAAUGCACCGAAUACAACAGGUGUGGACUUGAUCGUGAAAUGCUUCCUUAAGAGCCCUUUCCCACCAACGCAGAGUUAAAACGUUUAUUUUUAUGUGCUAAAUAAAAAAAGGAAAUAAUAACACAGAUACGUGUAUAUUUUAUGCUAAAAUAAUUGCAAUUGCUAUGCAAUAACUGUCCUUCAAACGAAGUAAGCAGUGUGCAGCAGCGUCGCUUAUCCCAAUCAUCUUAUUUAGUCCAACAGACUAAAUGUGUAAACUGUCCUAUGUGAGAUAGGGCGAGAUUAUUGCUGGUCUCUGUCGUUUUGCUUUCAUUUCUGAAAGAGGAGGUCAGAGACCUGGCAGUGUGGUAACAGAUUAACAACCUCUCUCCCAAUGUGGGCAAGACAGAGGGCCGAACAGGCCCCCAUUAACAUCGAUGGGACUGAAGUUGAGCGGGUCGAGAGUUUCAAGUUCCUUGGUGUCCACAUCACCAACAAAGUAUCAUGGUCCAAACACACCAAGACAGUUGUGAAGUGGGCACGACAACACCUUUCCCCCUCAGGAGACUGAAAAUAUUUGGCAUGGGUCCCCGAAUCCUCAAAUACAGCUGCACCGGUGAGAGCAUCCUGACCGGUUGCAUCAUCGCCUGGUAAGGCAACUCCUUGGCAUCUGACCGUAAGGAGCUGCAGAGGGCAGUGCGAACGGCCCAGUGCAUCACUUGGGCCAAGCUCCCUGACAUCCAGAACCUAUAUACUAGGCGGUGUCAGAGGGAGGCUCAAAAAAUAGUCAAAGACUCCAGUCACCCAAGUCAUAGACUGUUUUCUCUGCUACCGUACGGCAAGCGGUACCGGAGCGCCAAGUCUAGGACCAAAAGGCUCCUUAACAGCUUCUACCCCCAAGCCAUAAGACUGCUGAGCAACUCUAUUACUUGAACUGCAUUGUUGGUUAAGGGCUUGUAAGUAAGCAUUUCACGGUAAGGUCUACUACACCUGUUCUAUUCGGCGCAUGUGACAAAUAAAAUUUGAUUUGAUUUUUGGUUUAAAAAAAUGGUACAGUAAGCAACUCCAAAGCAUGGAUUGCAGUCUCUCCUUAUCUAUAGACUACUUUGAGGGUAAUGAAAUUAAGGAAUUAAGGAAUGAAUGAAUGAAUUUUAUUAUUUGAGUGAACCUAUCGCUUUUAAAUGUCAUUGCCAGGUAAAUGAAUGGAGAAGAGCAUGAUUUCGUUCAGAGAAUGAACUGCCAGACAUUUUCUUUGUCAAUUUUUGGGGUUGCUACAGAUUUGUCAGUCGAUAACAUAGAGGCCUCCUCUUCCUUCCUGCCCUACAUCUCAUAGACUAUAUGCCAAUGAACAGCCAUUUCAUUCAACCCGUUUCCAAAUGAGGAGUUAAAACAUGCAGGCUAAUUUAAAUAGAGUAAUAACAUUUUCAUAUGGAAAAGUAGAAAUAUUGGUAUACAGUGCAUUCAGAAAGUAUUCAGACCCUUUCACAUUUUCCACAUUUUGUUACGUUACAGCCUUAUUCUAAAAUGGAUUAAAUCAAUAAAAAUCGUCAUCAAUCUACACACAAUACCCCAUAAUGACAAAACGAAAACAGGUUUUUAGAAAUGUUUACAAAUGUAUUAUUAAAUAGAAGAUAAUACAGUAUUUACAUAAGUAUUCAGACCCUUGAGACUCGAAAUUGAGCUCAGGUGCAUCCUGUUUCCAUUGAUUAUCCUUAAAAUGUUUCUACAACUUGAUUGAAGUCCACCUGUGGUAAAUUCAAUUGACUGGACAUGAUUUGGAAAGGUACACACCUGUCUAUAUAAGGUCCCACAGUUAACUGUGCAUGUCAGAGCAAAAACCAAGCCAUGAGGUCGAAGGAAUUGUCCUUAGAGCUCCAAGACAUGAUUGUGUCAAGGCAUAGAUCUGGGGAAGGGUACCAAAAAAUGUCUGCAGCAUUGAAGGCCUCGAAGAACACAGUUGCCUCCAUCAUUCUUAAAUGGAAGACUCUUCCUAGAGGUGGCCGCCCGGCCAAACUGAGCAAUUGGGGGAGAAGGGCCUUGGUUAGGGAGGUGACCAAGAACCCAAUGGUCACUCUGACAGAAGGAAGCCACUCCUCAGUAAAAGGCACAUGACAUCCCGCUUGGAGUUUGCCAAAAGGCACACAAAGGACUCUCAGACCAUGAUUCUCUGAUCUGAAGAAACCAAGAUUGAAUGCCAAGCAUCACGUCUGGAGGAAACCUGGCACCAUCACUACGGUGAAGCAUGGUGGUGGCAGCAUCAUGCUGUGGAUAUGUUAUUCAGCGUCAGGGACUGGAAGACAAAAUAUAUCAUUCUCAACACCUGCUUUGGCUUUGUCAUUAUGGGGUAUUGUGUGUAUAUUGAUGAGGGGAAAAACGAUUUAAUCAAUUUUAGAUUAAGGCUGUCACGUAACAAAAUGUGUAAAAAGUCAAGGGGUCUGAGUACUUUCCGAAUUGCUGAAAAUGACAUGAGAUCUGUAGCUGAGAAUGAGACUUAGUGGCAGAGUAGACCUAAAUGCGGUUUGCGUUCUGUUCAUAAUUGUGCCAGAACAGUGGACAGAAAGAAACACACAAUCAAGUCAGGAGGUACAGCAGUGGCUUGUGGUUUGAAGAGGCGACACUGACUGAGGUGGGCUUUCAAGGCAAAUGUCAUAGGUCGACUUCUGAAGAAUUCAUGCACUCAUGAAAAAGAAAUCCCCUUUUGCAAUUGUUGUGACAUUUUGUGCUCUUUGUCACCUCCAACUAAAUCAUUUUGGAAAAAAAUACAGAGGUAAUGAUCAUCAUCAUCAUUUGUGUCAGUUCCAUUUCAAUUAAAUAUAUAUGUUUUUAAACUUAUGCAACUGGCACUGCCUAGCGAUGAAACAAUGGAGACCACUAACUACCUCUUCAUUUUAAAAGGUGUGUUUGUCUGAGGUUGCUAACCAGAAUGGUAGCAUCAGUUGUCUGCAGUCCCUUUUUACUCAGUGGUAUGGCCUCACAACCUUAAUCAGGUCAAAGAAAAGACCACCAUGUUGCACAUUUAGGUUGGAGAGCAUUUCAGUCUGUGUCCACUUUUGAUUCAAUUGUUGUUGACAUGCCAAAUGAAUAAAGCCACUUUGAAUUAGCUAAAGAAGAGUGUAUACAUUGUAAAGAUGUACCUUGUAAAGAUAUACUGAUGUAAACAAACCAUUUUUGCUUGGACUGAAAAAAUGUACUGAUAUGCCUCCUGAAUCUGUCACGGACUGCAUCGAGAGACAGCUUUCUACAAAACUACAUAAAUGUCUCUGUAAUAUCUUUCAGAAAUGGUUUUGUAAUUAAAAGCACACCCUCAUUGUCA